ACUUCCUACCAAAUAGUUUUGCUAUGGCGCUCCGAAUAUUCUUUUAAUAUUAAAAUUUCUAUAACUUUUUUAAAUUACGGUGAUCUUUCUUUAUUUCCGAAUUUAAGAUGUUUAUUUAUUUGAGCAAAAAGAUUGCUAUUCCUCAAAACGUAAAGCUAAGAUGUACAUCUUGGAACAAAGAAUUUGGUUAUAUCGCAUGUGGUGGAGAGGAUGGACUUUUAAAAGUUUUAAAAUUAGAAACUAAUGUUUCAGACUCUAAAGUCAAAGGAUUGGCUGCUCAAAGUAAUUUGACUAUGAACCAACCGUUAGAAGGCCACUCUGGCGCUGUUCAAGUGAUAACAUGGAAUGAGCAUUUCCAUAGACUAACGACAUCUGAUCAACAAGGUCUAAUCAUUGUGUGGAUGUUUUAUAAGGGAUCUUGGUAUGAAGAAAUGAUCAAUAACAGAAAUAAAUCAGUUGUCAGAGGCAUGAAAUGGAAUGCCGAUGGUCAGAAAAUAUGCAUUGUAUAUGAAGAUGGAGCUGUAAUUGUUGGUUCGGUUGAUGGAAGUCGUAUUUGGGGAAAGGAAUUGAAAAAUUCUCGUUUAAAUGGAGUUGAAUGGUCACCUGAUGGUAAAAUGCUUUUGUUCGCAAUGAACAAUGGUGAAAUUCAUAGUUACGAUUCAAUGGGUAACCCAAUAAGUCAAGUUGAUAUCUAUUGUUUGCAAGAUACUGGUUCAUCCGAUAUAGUUAGCAUGGAUUGGUAUAAUGGAAAUCAUGGUUAUAUAGAAACAAAUUGUCCAUCAUUGGCUAUAGCAUUCAGGAACGGUCGUUGCCAAAUCAUGAGAAAUGAAGUUGAUGAUGCUCCAGUUCUUGUUGAUUCUGGAAUAACAAUCUGCCAAUGUAGCUGGAAUCAUUCUGGAGACACUUUGGCCAUUUGCGGUCUUCAACAGCAAGGAGAGGAAAAAACCAUAAAUGUUGUUCAAUUUUACACUCCUUUUGGCGAGCAUCUAAGAACGUUGAAGGUCCCUGGUAAAAAAAUCUACAGCUGUUCCUGGGAAGGAGGGAGUCUUAGAAUAAUUUUGGCUGUUGAUUCAUUUCUUUACUUUGCCAAUAUCAGACCUGAUUACAAAUGGGCCUAUUGUACAAACACCGUUGUUUAUUCCUACAUGAGAUCUGAUAGGAACGAACAAUGUGUCGUUUUUUGGGAUUGUAAAAACAAUGAGCGAUAUUUGAAAUACGUAAAAAAUCUCAUAAAGAUAACUGCAUGCGGAGAUUAUUGCUGUUUGGCAACUAGAGCUGAGGAUUCAAAUACUCAGUACGUAUUGGUACUCUGCAACGCAAUUGGAACACCUUUGGAUUCAAAAUACCUAGACCUUCAACCGAUCUAUUUAACAAUGACAAAAUCUCAUAUAAUUGCUGCGUGUAGAGAAGCAUUCUAUACAUGGCAAUUUAAGAAUCCUAAGAAAGUAAUUACUUUAGAUGUUCAAGUUUCCAAUCGUAAAGCAGGGGUGGAAAGACUUUUCCACGCGGACGAUGUGCCUUCCGGAGCUGGUGGUGAUGAUGUUGAUUUCAAUAAGGCCUAUAAACCGACCGAUGAUGCAAUUUGUGCAAUUGCGGCUACAGAAAAAGUGCUAGUAAUAGCAAGAGAAUCAGGAACGCUAAAUCGAUAUUCAAUGCCCCAGCAUGCCCUUCAGUAUAAGCAUUCAACAACAUGCAAACCAUAUCAAAUUAGUCUAAAUUGCAGUUCCUCGAGACUGGCUAUUAUAGAUAUUUCGGGAUUACUAACUUUUUACGACCUAGAAACGAGAAUGACAGACCCAACUCGAGGGAAUGAGGUUGUGGGAGAGCAUUUGAAAUUUGAAAGAAAAGAUGUUUGGGAUAUGAAAUGGGCUGAGGACAAUGCUGAAUUAUUUGCUAUGAUGGAAAAAACUAAAAUGUACGUCUACCGUGGUACUGAGCCUGAGGAACCAGUAUCAUCAAGUGGCUAUCUCUGUCAAUUUAGCGACUUACAAAUAAGAUCAGUUUUAUUAGAUGAAAUUAUGAAAGACCCUGAAGUUCCUUCUAAGGAAAAUUUAUUGGAUUUAGAAGUUAAAUCUCUAAGAGAUGCAAGAGAAAUAUUAAGCAAAAAUGGUUUGAAGGACGCUGAAUCGUUUAUCGAGGAUAAUCCUCAUCCUAGAUUAUGGCGAUUAUUAGCGGAGGCUGCUUUGGAAGAGCUUGAUCUUAAAGUAGCAGAAUCAUCUUUUGUUAGAUGUAAAGACUACUCUGGUAUAGAAUUUACAAAGAGAUUAAGUCAUUUGCAGAAUGAAGCUAUGAGAAAGGCAGAAGUUGCAGCUUAUUUCCAUAGAUAUGACGAAGCCGAUCGACAUUAUUUGAGCUUGGAUAGAAGGGAUAUGGUUGUGGCAAUGAGAAAGAAAUUAGGUGAUUGGAUCAAAGUCGUUGACCUAUUGAAACAAGGUGGUGGUGAUGAUCAACAGAUGGAGGAAGCAUAUAUAGCUAUAGGUGAUCUCUUUACCGAUAGACAAAAAUGGAGCGAAGCUGUAAGAUAUUACGUAUUGGGCAAUAAUCAAGAAAGAUUAGCGAAAUGUUAUUAUAUGCUUGAAGAUUAUGAGGCUCUAGCUAAAUUAGCCGAUGGAUUGCCAGAAAAUCAUAAUUUAUUGAGUGAUAUUGCAGAAAAAUUAGUAUCUGUAGGAAUGUGCGUUGAGGCUGUUCGGGCUUUCGUAAAAUGUAACAAAGUAAAGCAGGCUAUAGAUUGUUGCGUUCAGCUCAAUCAAUGGAACGAAGCAAUCGAAUUGGCAAAGAAGUUUAAUAUGAAAGAAAUAGAUGGUUUAUUAACAAAAUACGCCAGUCAUCUGUUAGAAAAGAACAAAAUUAUAAACGCUAUUGAAUUGUACCGUAAAGCUAAUAGAUUCCUAGAUGCCGCCAAACUUUUAUACAAGUUGGCUGGAGAAGAAACGAAGAAAAAAUCAAAACCCUUAAGAAUUAAGAAGUUAUAUGUAUUAGCAGCUCUAUUGGUUGAACAACAUAAUGAACAAAUGAAACUGACAGCCAGAUCAAAAUAUCAUACAUCUCAAUCUAAGAAAAAUCAAGAGGCUUCGUCAUCAUUAGCUGGCAUGCUAAAUGAAGAUUCAUCAUCCUUUGAUGAUACGAAAUUGAUCGAUCAAGCUUGGAGAGGCGCGGAAGCGUACCAUCUCUUCAUUCUCAGUCAGAAACAGCUGUAUCAAGGUUAUGUUGACGCAGCAAUGAAAACGGCUUAUCAUCUCCGUGAAUAUGACGACGUUAUGGAUGUGUCGGAUAGUCAUUCUUUAAUCGCUUUGACGGCUUGCGACAAUCGAGCGUUUGGAAUUGCUUCAAAGGCGUUUAUUAAAUUAGAAUCACUCGAGAAUAAGGAACUAUAUGAAGAGUUGGCUCUGGAUAUAUUUACAAAGUAUCUUCCGUUUCAAAAAGCUAAAUAAUUAUAGAAUUCCUUAAAAGACGGGACUAAAGGGGAGAGAGAGAGAAGAGUAAACGACGGAAGGAUACUCUUAUUUUAUCUGCUUCCCUUAAGUUUCCUUAAAUUGUAAUAUAAUAGUGUUAAAGAAACGACAUCCAAUUUCUCUUUUUAUCGAAUGAAAAUCAACCCUCCCUUAAGUGCUAUAGUUCCUUUGCUUAAAAGAGACAUGUAUAGCUGACCAAUAGGCUGAGUUAUAGUAAAAAAGAAAUGUAAAUUUAACCUUGAAAUUUAUCCUUUUAGACAUGCUCCUAAGAAUCAGCGUAACACUGACGUAAACUGUCCUCACUGCGAAACUCGAAUUCCUGACUGGUCAACUCAAUGUACAAGCUGCGAUUCGAAGUUUCAAGUUUGCAUGGCAACUGGAAGACCGUUAAUGGAUUAUCAAUUUUGGAUGUGCAACACUUGUAAGCACCAAGCGUACGCAGCGGAAAUGAAUUCUAGGCAUUGCUGUCCUCUUUGUCACGCUCCUUUUUAACUGGAAUAUAACCUUUAACACUAUUUUUCCUAUUAUCCGUCCUCAUUUGACAAUGUUUAUUUUAUUUAUUAAAAUAUCAAUUUCGAAUAAUUGAAUAAAUGGUUAAGGAUCAUCU